AUGGCGAGCAAAACGAUGGUGCGAUUUCGGGGCGCCCGAGGACAGCUGGUCCUCUACAAUCCAGAAUUUGUGCCAUUUGAAGUGGCCCAAGAGUUGGAUGGAAUGUAUGGGUAUCAACCACGAGAAGCUGUUGGUUGCCUUGCCGACGUCAUGAUCUCGCAGCGGAAGGGCAAAUUUCCACCCGCGGCUUUCAUUCUGAUUAAUAAGGACACACCGAAUUUUUCUUUUGAAAACAUCAUCGACAGAUUGCGAAAUGCUGAGAAAGCAUUUCAGCACGCAUUUGCCAUUGCUAUUUUUCCAAUACCGCAGUUUGCAGAGCUGCAGCUGCUUGCCAUCAGCAAAUCCAUACAAAUAAAGUUUUUUCCAGUCUUUAGUUUAUCUCAUGCGGUCAAGCUGAUGGUUUCGAUAUAUGAAAAACUUGCCUAUGAUAUCACCACGAUGGCUGACGAGUUUAACAAGCGCGUUAAUGACGAGCUACUUACUCGCAAGCACGCCCUUGACACGCUUAAAACGAAUUUUCCAUUCCUUACUCUUGAUGAGUGUGAUAUGCUGCUCGAUUUGUUUGGUAGCCUUGCGUCGAUUGCUCAAGCUGGAGCGGAAAAGCUGCUGGAUGUUACUGUUCUGAGCACAAGUACAGCACACGCGAUUGAGGAAUUCUUUGGUAGUGAAUACGUUGCAGAGUAA